AUGGCUCGCAGUAAAGAGUCUCCAUUCUACGCCGUCCGGAUCUACAAUUGGACUACCAUCGUUACAUCUUGGAAGGAAGCCAGUGCACUCUGUCAUGGGGUGAAGGGCUCAAACAAUAAGGGUUGCAAUUCCAGAGAAGAGGCUGAAUGGCUCCUCAGCAAGGAGUGUACAGAUCCCUGGGCUCGGUGUUGGGCUUAUGCACCCCCUCCUAGAGACUCUUCGUCGACAGAGUACCCACCUACGGGGUCUCCACCUACAGAGUCUUCCACGGCCGGGUCUUCAUCAGUGGAGUCCGCCGCUCUCAAAACUUCGUCUGCCGUGCCCUCAUCAUCCGCCAUCUCUGCCCAAUCCAGCCCCGACCAUCCCCGUCCAACCAAGCGAUCACGCACAUGCAUAGAAGACAGCGAAAAGAUCAGCCCUGCUCCGGUGGAUGACGGCGCAGUCUUCACCGACAGCAAUAUGGCCAUGAUGCAUCUCCUUGAAACCCUUCGCAGAUACGCCGCCGUACGCAUCACUCCCAUCGGACCUCGGAGUGAGCAAUGA